AUGUUUGCUGCUUGGUUACUAAUCACUGAUGAUAUUGUGAUAAGAGCAACUGAUGAUAGUGAUUAUGAAUAUUUGGAUAAUGAUUUGGAUGAGGAUCAAAAACCAAUUGAUGUCUUCUGGGGUGACAUUGUUGACGACGAGCAACAACAGAAACCGGAAAAUAUUUCUGUGACCAAUUCCGGUGACACAGUUAUGAAACGACGAAAAUGUAGCACAGAGACUGCUAUUAUGGAUAAAUUACUCAAUGGUACCGGCUAUAAUAAAUAUCGUCUUCCUUUGGAAACUGGAGUUGAUGUUGCUGUCGAAUUUUGGAUACAAUCAAUUACAUCAAUUAAUGAAAUUACCAAUGAUUUUGAGAUGGAAAUUUAUAUCAAUGAAAUGUGGCUUGAUCCUGCUUUAAAUUUCGAAAGUCAUAAUCCAUGCAAAGAUAAUUUAUCGUUAAAUCAUCAACAUUUUAGGAAUAUUUUCCUGAUGCUUUAUCCAAAUGGUACUGUUUGGGUCAAUUAUAGAGUUCGAGUUAAAGGGCCAUGUGUUAUGGAUUUAUCGAAUUUUCCAAUGGAUGUGCAAACUUGUUAUUUAAUUUAUGAAAGUUUUAAUUAUAAUAAUCAAGAGGUACGAAUGCGUUGGAAUACAAUUAAUCCUAAUCCAGUUUAUACUGUUAGUGAAAUAUUACUACCUGAUUUCAUUUUAAUUAAUAUCACAUCAACUCUCAGGAUAGAGAAAUAUCCAGCCGGAAUGUGGGAUGAAUUACAUGUGAAUUUAACAUUUGAAAGGCGCUGCAUAUGGUAUUUCAUGCAGGCUUAUGUUCCCACUUAUCUUACCAUUUUCAUUAGUUGGGUGUCAUUUUCGUUGGGACCUCGUGCAAUACCAGCUCGAACGAUGCUUGGUGUUAAUGCUCUGCUAGCAAUGAUAUUCCAAUUUGGCAAUAUUAUGAGAAAUUUACCUAGAGUGUCUUAUAUCAAAGCUAUUGAUAUAUGGAUGCUAGUCUCAAUGACAUUUAUAUUCUCAUCAUUAAUUGAGUUAGCAAUAGUUGGUUCAAAAGUGAAAAAUAUGGAAAGCGGUCAGCGACCAAGAAAACCAUACUGUAAAAAUAUCAAAGGAGUUGAAUCAAGUCCAAAGGGUGUUUGCGAAUUCGAGAAAAGGUUUAUGCAUCCGGUGGAAGGAUUUGAGUUGAAAUGGUGUCGAUCAAGUUGGAAAUCUACUUCAUGGACACCAGAUCGUAUAGAUCGUUUAUCAAGCAUCAUCUUUCCUGCAUUUUUUGCAUGUUUCAAUGAAAGUGAUCUACUGGUCCUGGUAUUCCGAAUACCUGUUUUAGUAUUAACAGAACCCGUCUUCAGCUGUUAA